ACCUGACGCUUCGUAAUCCUCCGGGCCGGUCGUCGCCGACGACUCCACUCUUCGCCCGCUUCUUCCCCUUCCCCAUAAUCUCUUCUGCCCCUGGCACACUCCUGACCUCACCUCCCACAAACGGAGAUGGCCCACCCGGCGCUCCUCUUCCUCGUCCUCGCAUGCGCCGGCGCGGCCCGCGGGUUCUACCUCCCCGGCGUCGCCCCCGCCGACUUCCGCAAGAAUGACCUGCUCGCCGUGAAGGUGAGCCAGCUGAGCUCCAUCAAGACGCAGGUGCCCUACUCGUACUACUCCCUCCCCUUCUGCAGGCCGGACACCAUCGUCAGCAGCGCCGAGAAUCUCGGCGAGGUGCUCCGUGGCGACCGAAUCGAGAACUCGCCCUACGUGUUCGAGAUGAUGGAGCCUAAGCUGUGUCAGAUUGCGUGCAAGAUUGUUCUGAGCCAAGAAGGAGCAAAGGAUUUCAAGGAGAAAAUCGACGACUCCUACAGUGUAAACAUGAUUCUUGAUAACCUCCCUAUGGUCAUCCCAGUUAAGAGAUUGGAUAAAGAGGCACCAACAUUAUAUCUACAAGGCAUGCAUGUUGGUGUCAAGGGGUGGUUUGUAGGGAGAAAGGAUUGGAGUUAUUUCAUUCACAACCACUUAUCAUUUCUGGUGAAGUAUAACAAGGAUGAACACACAGGUCUCGCUAGGAUUGUGGGCUUCGAAGUUAAACCGUACAGUGUUAAGCAUAAACCCGAUGGUGAUUGGAAGGGGAAUAUGACACACCUUAAAACCUGUAAUCCACACACAAGGAUUCUAGUAAUGAGCUCUGAUAGGCCUCAAGAAAUAGAGGCAAACAAAGAGAUCAUUUUCACCUAUGAUGUUAACUUUGAGGAAAGUGAUAUCAAGUGGGCAUCACGCUGGGACACUUACCUUAGCACGCCUGACGAUCAUUGGUUUUACAUUGUGAAUACUCUUAUGACAGUCCUCUUCCUCUCUGUGAUGGUUGCCAUGAUCAUGCUCCGGACUCUGUACCGUGACAUUUCCAUGUACAACCAGCUAGAGAACCAGGAGGAAGCACAGGAGGAGUCUGGGUGGAAGCUUCUCCACGGCGAUGUGUUCAGGCCUCCUGUGAAUGCUGACACGCUGUGCGUGUACGUGGGUACAGGUGUACAGUUCUUUGGAAUGCUGCUUGUCACCUUGCUGCUCGCCAUCCUGGGGCUCCUGUCGCCUUCAAACCGUGGAGGGUUCAUGACAGCCAUGCUCCUGCUCUGGGUCCUCAUGGGCCUGUUUGCAGGGUACUCUACUGGACGCCUUUACAUGAUGUUCAGGGGCUCAGAAUGGAAGAAGGUCGCCAUCAAGACGGCCUUGAUGUUCCCUGGUGCUGUGUUCCUAAUAUUCUUUACCCUGAACAUGCUCCUCUGGGUCGAGAAAUCCUCCGGGGCUGUGCCAGUCACCACCAUGUUCGCACUGGUUUUCCUGUGGCUUGGAAUCUCUUUGCCACUAAUCUUCAUCGGCAGCUUCCUCGGGUUUAAGAAGCCUGCCAUUGACGACCCGGUGAGGACAAACAAGAUACCGCGGCCGAUACCGGAGCAGCCAUGGUACACGAAUCCAGCCGUCUCGAUAUCGAUCGGAGGCAUCCUGCCCUUUGGCGCGGUGUUCAUUGAGCUCUUCUACAUCCUGACAACAAUCUGGACGCACCAGUUCUACUACAUGUUUGGGAUCGUGUUCCUCGUCUUCGUAAUCCUUAUAGUGACCUGCGCAGAGAUCACCAUUGUGCUCUGCUAUUUUCAGCUGUGCAACGAGGACUACCGGUGGUGGUGGAGGUCCUACUUGACUUCUGGAUCCUCUGCAGUGUACCUAUUCUUGUACGCCGCAUUCUAUUUCUUCACCAGGCUGCAGAUCACAAAGGCGGUCUCCGGCAUGCUCUUUUUUGGCUACAUGUUCAUCGUGUCGUACGCCUUCUUCGUGCUCACUGGCACCAUUGGCUUCUACGCCUGCUUGUGGUUCACCAGGCUCAUAUACUCUUCAGUGAAGAUUGACUAGGAAUCUAUAAUUGCAUCACUUUACUGUCGGCUUGAGAAGUUAGAGGUUGAAGGUGGGAAAUGAAAUAUGAUGUGAACGUAGCAUGUUUAUAUUCAGGAGUCUUUAGGAGGUUUACGAAUUAAUUCAGUUAGACUGAAAGCUUGAUUUCAGUAACUUGGUGCAUGCGUGCAUCCUUACCCCACAACUUUGUGUUCAAUCAACUGAUUAACUACAUGUUUCUGUUGCAGAAAUGCUGAAUAAUCUCACUAUCCA